AUUUGGAGGAAGGCUCACUCCAGUAGAGGUCACGAUGUCGAUGUACGCAGUGUCUUUAUUCCUCCUGGGUGUUUUCGGUUUUUCGGCGUAUGGUCAGCCCGACAAAGGCCAAAAUGGUAAAGGUCCUAUUUGGAACGCGACCAUGACGGACCUCCUUAAGCGGGAUCUUUUCCAAGGGUACGACAAGUUCGCCAGACCUGCUCAGCACAGCGAUACCACGAACGUCGACUUAGCUAUCACCGUCAGAUACGUUCAUGUGGAUGACAAAAGGUUCAUGUUGACCGUCCACGGCUGGUUGAAAAUGGUUUGGCACGACGAAAAGCUCAAAUGGAACGAAACUGAGUACAAAGGGCUCACAAUGCUCUAUCUCGCUGAUCACGAACUGUGGCAACCCGACAUCACACUGUUCAAUAGUGCAGUUGGAAACACCUUGGACCAUUACGGCAAUUCUCACUCCAUAGCAUACUGCAGCGGGACCGUCCUGUGGGUGCCGCCUGCUCAGUUCAUAGUCUACUGCAACCUCGACUUGACCCACUGGCCGUUCGAUACCCAGAUGUGCCAUCUUAUUCUAGGUUCCUGGACCUCCUCAGGCGACCAGAUUAACCUCACUGCAAUAGAAGAGACGGUCAAUGGAGACACGUUGGGAGUCGAUGGGUCCGAGUGGAAACUUCUUAAGGUCGAAACUAAAAGAAAAGUCACAUUCUACGCAUGCUGCGACGAACCCUACAUACAAGUGUACAUAUAUCUGACCGUCAGCAGGCUCUCAGCGACAUAUUAUUCAGCCAUCGUUUUGCCUACAAUCGGAAUGGUGUUAAUGACACUUUCCUUAUUCUGGUUGUCACCGCAUACGCAAGAAAGAAUGGUAUUGUCGGCAACGAUACUUCUCCUUAUCUGCAUUUAUCUUGUAUAUUUUUCUCAGCGCCUCCCAGCUACAGGAUCUAAUACUCCUCUCAUCGUUUCUUUCUAUUCUUACCACCUCAUAUUGGUGGUCUUGGCCAUAAUAAUGUCAGUCGUCACUUACAACCUGGCGUCGCUGAAGAAGCCAGUUCCGUGGUACAUUCAGAACAUCGUAAGAGGACCAUUGGGCUACAUACUCGGAGUGCACCACCAACAGGUGGGUUACACGGUAGAGAUGAGCGGUGAGGAUGAAAUCCGAUCUUACGACGACACCCGGGAAGAACGAGGGAUGCUUCCGACGAACCAGCCGGGAAAGCCGUGGGCCGCGAUCGCCGCAGCCCUCGAUCGAUUCCUCUUUUUCUUUUACGUCCUCGUCUUUUUCUGCCUAGCUCUCAGAUCUGCAUUUUGAGAUCUUGUCAGGAUCGACUUAAAAAAUUAAAACUCCGAAUAUCAAAAAUCCGUCUUGAUACAACCAGACAAUUGGAAUAUCUGCGUGUUUCUAUGAUUUGUGAUGUCUCCAAAUUUAACAUUGUUAUAUCAGUUAUGAUAUUUAAAAUUACAAUCAAGCAAUCCAAGGUUUAUAAAAUUUGUUAAUUUGGAUUUAAUUUAAACUUUGAUUAAAUAUUUGUAAUUGGAAGUCAAUAUUGUAUGAAUAUAAUUUGUGUAAUUUA